UUAAAAAAAUCGCGUCCCGAACACCCGGGCGUACGCCCCGAACUGCCCGGGCGUACGCCACUUGAGACUCUCGCCUCACACCAUCGCCUCGGGGUGUUUUUGGUACGGUUCGCCGUAGGGCUCGCCCCGAAAACGCCUUUUAAAACACUGGUUUAUUGUAAUCAAGAAAAAAGGUGUUAUUUAUGAGUUUUAUUUGCAUGAUGCACUCUGAUGAUAACACUAUUACUUCCAAUUAAGGAGAGAUUAUACCCGCUUAUGAACUUCCGAAAUUUUGUAACUCAAUGCUGGUCAAGAAGGAUAUUGAUCUGGAUAGUGUACUAGAUCUCAGUUAAUCAUAUUUCCUUACAUGUUUAAAGUUUGCGAUAUUGGCGGUUAUCUGAUUAUUAAUGAUCUUCGCGGUCUUAUAAAGUAUGCCGGUCCAUGUAAUAAAUAUUCCCUCAAAUGAUUUCUUAAUUAAGUAUGCUUCUAUCAAUCUUCACAUGUGUGCAUAUGCCAUCCACUUUUUUCUUUACUGUUUUCUCUGCAAUUUUCUGGGAGCUGUGACCUCCGAAUGUGACUGGUCUCUACCUAUAAAAAAAUUUGAAUGCGAAAAUGUCUAAAACCAAACUAAAUCCGAAUUCUUCGAAUCUAUCUUAAUUCUAUUUGUUAUCUAGAAAUGCAAACUCAUUUCUGUAUCCUCUUUAAUGGUGAACUGGUUAUGAGUGGAUAUUACAGAUUUAGGGAUGUUACACCUCUAAAUUAUGACCAGAUACCUCCAAACUAUGUGGUUUGCAAAUUUUAGACUUCCAACCAUCUGUAUAUUAUGAUUGAAAAGCGUGGUUUUUACGGGCUACCCUCUUUUUUGUUUUUUUAAUAAUUUGUUUCAACAUUCAUGUUAGUUAAAUCGGCAUAUUUGUGGAGCUGCAUUUCCAUUGCUUAUUUAAACGAGCAGUCUCUCUACCAAGAUUUUGAUGUCUUUUCUUUGAGCCAACUCAUGGAAAUACUUGUUGACUCGCUCUGGCCUCACUCCUAUCAUGACCACUUGUACCAAUUUCUUUUUUCAUCUAUAUUUUGAUUCUACUUCUUAUUUGGUGGUUGGCUGGAUACCCAAUACCAAUGAUGAGGUAUUUCUUGCUUAGACCUCUGAAUUUUUUGUAUUGACAAGCUAGGAUUCCCUAACAGCUUGUUCAGAAUGUGCAUAUAUAAAUGACCUUGAAUAAUUUUCUACUUAGUUUAAAACAACUACACCUUGUUUUUGAUAGGUUCUCAUGUCUUGGCAGUUGGUGGAGUUUUCUAUGCUAGAACAAGCAGUUGCAUUCUUGUCUUGGAAAAGUCUUGAGUGAUGAAACAUUGCAUGAUUUUCCCAUGUUUAAAUGCUGUUGUACGAUCCUUUGUUCUGUGAUGGUAUUUUAUUUAAAGGUAAAUUAUGAGGAGUUUGGGACCAUGGGCACUGGUGUUUGCACCUGGAAAUGAGGGAGAGGCAGCGGUGGCGAUCUGAAGAGGAUGCUUUAUUGCGGGCAUAUGUGAAACAGUAUGGACCAAAAGAAUGGCACCUUGUAUCACAGCGUAUGAACACAGCCCUCAACAGGGACGCUAAGUCUUGCUUGGAAAGGUGGAAAAACUACCUCAAACCAGGGAUUAAGAAAGGAUCACUCACUGAAGAGGAGCAGCGUCUUGUUAUCCAUCUACAGGCCAAACACGGCAACAAAUGGAAGAAAAUAGCAGCUGAAGUACCAGGCCGAACUGCUAAAAGAUUGGGGAAGUGGUGGGAAGUAUUCAAAGAGAAGCAACAGAGGGAGCAGAAAGAAAACAAUAAGGUUGUCGAUCCAGUAGACGAGGGAAAAUACGACCACAUUCUUGAGACCUUUGCAGAGAAGAUUGUGAAAGAGCGGAGUGUCCCAGGUUUACUUAUGGCUACUUCUAAUGGAGGUUUCCUCCACGCCGAUGCACCAGCUCCUUCGCCACAAACUCUUCUUCCUCCGUGGCUUUCUAAUUCCACUGCUACUUCAACCGUCAGAUCACCAUCUCCAUCUGUGACUUUAAGUCUAUCCCCCUCAACAGUGCCUCCUACACCUACGCCUACGCCUGGCAUUCCGUGGCUACAGACAGAUAGAGGACCUGAAAAUGCGCCCCUUAUUUUGAGCAGUUUUCCACAUCAUGGGGUUGCCCCUCCUUGUGGAGAAAAUCCAUUUGUUACUGAACUUGUGGAAUGCUGUAAAGAGCUAGACGAAGGGCAUCGUGCUUGGGCUGCUCAUAAAAAGGAAGCAGCUUGGAGGUUAAGGCGAGUGGAAUUGCAGCUAGAAUCAGAGAAAAUAUGCAAAGUUAGGGAGAAGAUGGAGGAAAUUGAAGCGAAAAUGAAAGCUCUGAGGGAAGAGCAGAAGGCAACUCUAGACAGGAUUGAAGCAGAAUACAAGGAGCAACUAGCAGGCUUGAGGAGGGACGCGGAAGCAAAGGAACAGAAAUUGGCCGAACAAUGGGCUUCCAAACACCUGCGCCUUAGUAAGUUUCUUGAGCAGAUGGGAUGCCAAUCAAGACUUGCAGAACCUAAUGGUGGCCGCUAAAGCAAGCUAAGCUAAGAAUUCUUUUGUGUGUCCCUGGCCGCCUAAGACGGUUCUUUUCAAACUGCUACGACUUUUCUUACUGUAAACUUUUUGUUUGAUCGCCUUUUAUUUGGUUAACUAUGUUUUCUUUUCUGCAUGAUACUGCAACUUGUAUUUCUAGUAUCUGCAAGGAUUUCUUGCAGCUUUGCGACAGCAUAAUGAACCUAUAUCUUUCAGUAGUAA